AUGUCGGUAACUCUUUCACCAUCAUGGAAACGACUGGCACCCGCAACCAGCAUUCGCAGUGAACGUAGCUCACAUCGACGCCGAUUCUGUCCUAUCCGGGUAUCUCGUCAGAUCCCAUCUGAACAUUGGUGGAUUGAUCUAUGUAUCUUCGUUCGUACCUGUAUAAAUCUGCCUCUCUCUCUCUCCGUUCAUACCUGUCUCAAUCUGACUCUCUUUCCCUCUGUCUUCUUUCCUACCUGUCUCAAUCUGUCUGUCUGUCUUUAUUUUCAUUCGUAUCUGUCUCAAUUUGUUUCUCUUUCUCUCUGUAUUCGUUCGUACCUGUCUCUGUCUGUCUGUCUCUCUCUCUGUUUGUCUCAGUCGUCGUUAGUACCUGUCUCAAUCUCUCUCUCUCUCUCUCUGUGUCUUCGUCCGUACUUGUUUCAAUCUUUCUCUCUCUUCGUUCGUACCUGUCUUCGUUCGUACCUGUCUCAAUAUUUUCUCUCUCUCUCUCUUUCUUCGUUCGUACUUUUUUCAAUCUCUCUCUCUCUCUCUCUUUCUCUCUCUUCGUUCUUACCUACCUCAAUCUGUCUUUCUGUCUUUGAUCGUACCUGUCUCAAUCAUUCUCUCUCCGUGUCUUCGUUCGUAAUCUCACACACACAUACAAUCAAUCUCUCUCUCACAUACACACACACUCUCUCUCUCUCUCUCCUCUCUUCGUUCGUACCUGUCUCAAUCUGUCUCUCUUCUCUCUCUUCAUUCGUACCUCUUAAUCUGUCUCUCUCUCUCUCUGUCUCUAUCUUUGUUCGUACCUGUCUCAAUCUUUCUCUCUAUGUCUUCGCUCGUGCUUCUUUCAAUCUCUCUCUCACACUCUCUCUUCGUUCCUACCUGUCUAAAUCUGUCACUCUCUCUUCAUUCGUGCCUGUCUCAAUCUGUCACUCUUUUAAUUUUCUUAUGGAUCUUAAUUCUUAA